AUGUUUCCGACCUUUGAGCGACAACCAGAGGGGACAGAAGAAGCUGACAACAUGGCGUGCUCGAACCUGAUCACCGACGAGGACCUGCAAGCCAUUUGGCAGAUCAAUGGCGCAAUGCCUCGAGCUCACAGACAAUGUGUCCACGACCUGAUAUCGGCACAAGUGAAGAAACAACCAGAUAAAGUGGCAAUCGAGGCGUGGGACGGCAAGUGGACUUAUGCCGAGCUCGAAGACAUCGCCUUGCGCUUCGCAAUCCGUCUGUGUGGACUGGGGCUGGCGCCAAAUACAAUAGUCCUGCAUCUCGUGGGAAAAUCGAAGUGGACACCGCUUGCCAUCUAUGCAGUGAUGAAGGCCGGUGGAGCAUCAUUGCUGAUCGAUUGUGAUGUGUCACCAACGCAACAGCCUAGACAGAGACUUGAAGACAUCAUCUCGCAGGCCCGGCCCGGCCUUGUGGUAGCCGGCAAGGAGCACCUUGACCUAGCAAGAACGCUGAUCGGUAGCGCAGUUCCAAUAUUGUCAAUCGAGAAAGACUUCGCGAGCAUACAAGACCGAGAAUUGUGCGUUUCUGGAACGCCGAAAUUUGAAAUUGACCAAGACAAAAGUCACGAGCGGAAUAGCACCGAUCAAAAUGAAGACGCGACUUCGUGCUUUCCCAUCGUCAGCCCAUCAGACAUGCUCUACAUCAAUUACACAUCCGGCAGCACUGGAAUGCCCAAAGGCGCUGUUAUCACACACGAGAAUUUCUGCAGUGCAAUAUUCUACCAGCAAGAGCGUCACGGCUUCCGGCCAGACUCACGCGUGUACGACUUCGCAUCGUACGCAUUCGACGCCGCUUGGUCUAAUAUGAUACAUGCCUUGACAUGUGGAGCUUGUCUCUGUAUCCCAUCCUCCCAGGAGCGGCAAGACGACCUGGACGAUUCCAUCGUCCGCUUCGGCACCACCAUAGUUGACUUGACGCCAUCAGUCGCACGAAUGCUUUCGCAAGAGACUGUCGCCAGUCUGAAGACUCUGAUCGUCGCAGGUGAGCCACUGCGAGCGGACGACAUGGAGCGAUGGCUACCACAUGUUGCCAUUAAAAACGUGUAUGGACCCUGCGAGACCACGCCCACUGCGACUAUUGCCGACGUUGCGGAUGAAGCUAACAUCAUCGGACGCGGUCAUGGUGUGAACGCAUGGGUCGUGGACGCUACGGAUGACUCUCUGCUUGCACCAAUUGGCCGUGUGGGAGAACUCCUCUUGGAAGGUCCACUGAUCGGAUCCGGGUAUCUGCACGACACCGAUAGGACGUCGGCGGCUUUCAUCUGCGAUCCUCCAUGGCUUCUGCAGGGGUGCCGCACAUCAUCUCAACCCGGCCGCCGUGGUCGUCUGUACAAGACGGGAGAUCUCGUCCGCAUGCGUCCAGACGGUUCUCUGAUCUUUGUGGGCCGUAAAGACCUCCAAGUCAAGCUACAUGGGCAGCGGAUCGAGCUAGGCGAUAUCGAGUACCACGUUCAGAAAGCAUUUGAGGAGGUCCGACCCUCGUGCACUGUUCGAGUCGUGGCGGAAGUCGUAGAGAGCCCGCGAACAAUGCUGGCUGCGUUUGUCGUGGUCGCAGACUUGCCCAAAGCUGCAAAAGAGGACGAGGCCAUCGCGCUGCAGGCUUUCGUUGACUCAACACGACCAGACGUUGAGUUGGCAUUGCGCGAUCGGAUUCCUCGGCAUAUGGCGCCAGCAGCUUACAUUGCACUUCCUACAAUGCCCAUGACUCGCAGUGGGAAGAUUGACAGAUCCGUCCUGAGAGCGAUAGCCGGGAAAGCCGAUCGCGAUGGCUUCGUACACGAGACGACAACAAGCGAGAGGAAAACUGGGCACUUUCCACGCAUAGCGCUCUUGCGCCGUCUCUGGGCCGAAUUACUGAACAUGAAUGAAGAUCGCAUCGCCGAGGCGGACAACUUCCUACGCAUAGGUGGAGACUCGAUGGCUGCCAUGAAGCUGGUCGGGAUCCUCCGCAGAGAAGGCUACUCACUAUCAGUGGCGACAGUCUUCAAAAGGCCGGUCCUAGAAGAAAUGGCGCUGGAGCUCGGCAAGACCAAGAGACAGAUUCCGCGGGAGGCUUCUUCAUCCAAUGCACUUACCAAGAGAGCUUCCGUCUCGGACAAAGUUGACUUGAUCACAGUGGCCGCCCGCCUUUGUCAGAUCGCUACUGACCGAGUACAGGCGGUCUACAAGUGCACACCUUUGCAAGAAGACAUGCUGGCAGCAACAACGACACGUAAGGAUGCCUACGUGAACCGUAUGUCGUUCCAGCUGCUUCCUGACAUUGACCCGGCUCGGUUUGGUAGAGCUGUCAGUGAAGUGGUAGCUUCGACACCUAUUUUGCGGACUCGCAUCGUGGACGGUGGCCGACAAGGAUUGAUACAGGUCGUUGUGGCCGAUGAGCACAUGCCCGUAGAGGCACCCCGGCAUUGCAGUACGGCUGCCUACUGGCAAGAGAGCUUGCAGCACAAUAUAGGGCUGGGCACGCGACUUGCACAUUGUGCAUUAAUUCGUGAUGUCGCAGCAGACGGCGCGUCGCACCACACGUUCAUGUUGGUCCUUCACCAUGCCGUCUACGACGGAUGGACGAUGGGACUCCUCAUGCAGAACAUUGAGCAUUCUUAUCACGGCCGGCCGGUGCCACCAGCAGCGCCUUUCGCUACAUUUGCAGAACAAAGCAAUAUUCGUUCACGAGAGAGCGAGGAGUUUUGGGCCUCGCGGAUGCGCGGUGUCGAGACCACCGUCUUCCCCACGAUCCCAUCGCGUUCCUACAGACCACGGGUGGACUCACAGAUACAGCAUCGCAUCGUGGACGUAUGUUGGCCAGCGUCAGAUAUCACGCCGUCGAAUCUCGUUCGCGCCGCAUGCGCCCUAACGCUUGGUCGUUACUCUGAUUCCACCGAUAUUGUUUUUGGAGCCGUCGUGUCUGGUCGUCAGGCGGAUGUCGCGGGUAUAGACUCGAUGCUCGGGCCCACGAUCGCCACCGUGCCAGUCCGUGUUCGCCUCGAAACGACUUGCACCGUGGAGCAAUUGCUCCGGCAGAUACAGGAUGGCGCGGUGUCCACCGUUCCGCACGAGCAGUAUGGCCUGAGCAGAAUUCGAAAGAUCAACGACGACAGCAGGCGGGCAUGCGCCUUCCAGACCAUGCUCGUAAUUGAUAUUCAUCAGCCGGCCGCGCAAGCACCAGGUGCAACACUCUUCUGUCCGCAGUCAGAGCCAGGCGCUUCUGAACUCGGAAGCUUUGACGAGCAGGCGCUCACACUGGUCUGCAACUUGGGCAACGCAGAAUGUAGCAUGGACAUCACUUUCGACAGCACACUCAUCUCUGCAACUUCGGUCAAGCGACUAGCAGAGACGCUCGCGCAUGUUCUGCGGCAGCUGUGUGAUCCACGCCUUCAGAACAGCCUCGUCAGUGAGCUAGACUUUCUCUGCUCGAGCCACGCCGAAACGAUCUGGAACUGGAAUCGGGAGGUACCCAGGACUUACAAUAUGUGCCUGCAUGACUGGAUAUCACAGACUGCAGGACAGCAGGACGCAGCUACAAAGGCGGUCUGCGCUUGGGAUGUCGACUGGUCCUACCAAGAACUUGACGAUGUCUCGGCGAAAUUCGCUCAGUACCUCAUAUCGCGUGGCAUUGGUCGUGGCGCGACCGUAGUGCUGCUGAUGGAGAAGACAGGAUGGGCUCCCGUGGUCAUGCUCGGCAUAAUGAAAGUCGGCGCGGUGUCUGCUCCUCUGGACAUUCGUCAGCCCUCUGGUCGAUUGCACGCAAUAUUCAGACACCUUCAACCCGCAAUGGUCAUUGCGACACCAGGUCUGGGAGCGCUAGUGGAAGAGCUCGCUGCACAAGGCAUACAUUGCCAGUCGGUCUGCUUAGAAAAUGCACUCUGUACAGGAAUCCUCCACUCACAAGUCGGCGAAAUCCGACUUGCAACAGUAUCAACUUCUGCCUUGUUAUAUAUUAUCUUCACGUCCGGCAGUGCAGGCACUCCCAAAGGCGUCAAGAUCACGCAUUCAAAUUUCGCGAGUGCAAUCAAGCACCAGGCUCCCUUCUACCAACUUGGAAGAUCGCGCGCCUCCAGACAAGCUCGCGUGUUAGAUUUCGCGUCCUACAGUUUCGACGUAGCCUGGUCCAAUCUGUUACAUGCACUGACUAGCGGGGCCUGUCUUUGUGUGCCCUCGGAAACAGACCGAUCGAAUGAUCUAGUAGGCGCGAUCAAGCGUUUCGGAAUAACUUUUGCAGACUUCACCCCCUCAGUAGCCCGCAUGCUACCAUUCGAUGUCAUAGAGAGUCUCGAGACGAUGAACGUAGGCGGCGAGCCACUUACACCGGAGGAUGCACAGAGAUGGUCACAGCUUACGACCCUUAUCAACAGCUACGGCCCGUCAGAGUGUACAUCCACGUCGACCAUACAGGUUAUCAACUGCGAGCAGGGUUUUCGCGGAAGCAUUGGCAAAGGUGCGGGUUGCAAGACAUGGAUCGUUGACGAGCGAAGACAUCUUGUACCUCUUGGUUGCGUAGGAGAGCUAUUGCUCGAAGGGCCACUGGUCGGUCCUGGGUACGUUCAAAGCUGUGAUCAAACAGACUCACCAUUUGUCCACGACUUGCCGUGGCUGAGCCGUGGAUCAAACGGCAUUCCAGGACGGAGUGGUAGGCUGUAUCGCACCGGUGAUUUGGUGUGUUACGAUAAGGCGGGCAAUCUGUUAUUCAAAGGCCGCAAAGACAGCCAGAUCAAGAUUGCUGGCCAGCGUGUGGAGCUUGGGGAAAUUGAAAGCUGCAUGUCCCAGCAUGACCGAGUGGACCAAGCCGUGUGCGUGUUUGCCGAGACAGGGCCCUACUCGAACCGCCUCGUAGGCUUCUUCACUGUCCCUGAUCAACCUGGCUCAGCGAAACAUGACGGUACGAGGCGACUGGGCACUGCCGAUAUCGAAGAUCUGCCGUUGUUGAAGGAGGCGCUGCGACAGCAUCUGACACUUCAUUUGCCUUCUCAUAUGAUUCCUGCGGCGCUUUGUGCCCUGUCCAGCCUUCCGAGGACCUCAGCAGGCAAAUUAGACACGAGGAGUUUGAUGCGUAUUCUUGCGGAAUCCAGGAAGGAGUUGCUGUCCGACGAGCCGAAGCAUCUUUCGAGAAAACCUGGCAGUGAGCUUGAACGGCUAAUUCAGAAGGCCAUUGCUGACGUGCUCGGUACUUCAACACGAGAUGUCAUCCUCGAUCGAUCCUUUGUGGCAAACGGAGGCGACUCCAUUUCAGCGAUGCGAUUGGCACCACGCUGUCGCGAGGACGAUAUCCAGGUCACAGUCACUCAGAUCCUGAAGAGCGAAAGCAUUGCGGUAUUGGCAGACCAGGCCCAAGUGAGCGUUGAAAGUGGCACAGAAGUGGCCGGCCAACCAAUGACUGACUUCUCCUACGCGUGCUCUCCUAUCCAGCAGAUCUUCUUCGCCGAAGUCGACAAAAACAAACUUGAACCAUCUGUGUACAACGGGUAUUUGCAGCACCUUGCCGUAAGGCUUACGUGCUUCUGCGAACCUCAGGCAGUAUCAGACGCAUUGUCGGCACUGGUGGCUGACCACGCCAUGUUGCGUGCACGAUUUCGUCGAGAGUCCGGUAAUUGGGUACAGUACUUGCCCGCAGCAGAUGCCAAAGCGGAGCCUCUUCACAAGUUCAUGUCGUCCACGGUGCCAGAUAUGGCGGCGGCCGAAUAUUUGGCAACAGGACUACAAUACACAUUGGAUAUCGAACAUGGCCCAGUGUUCAUCGCGCAGCUGUGUGAUUUUCCAGACGGCAGCCAGAUCCUCAUCAUGCUCGCGCAUCACCUCGUGGUAGACUUGGUCUCGUGGCGCAUCAUUGCCGGAGACCUCGAAAACCGGCUGACGAAUGCGACUUCUCCAGCGAGUGGGACUUCGUUCAUGCUGUGGAACGAGGCACAGCAGGACCGGGCGAAGUCGAGCAUAUUCAGUGACGCAAAGACUGUGCUACCAACACCCGCGGUCAAGAACGAGCUAUCGUUUUGGGGGUUCAAUGAUGGCGUGACGUCCAACAAGAAUGAAGACCACGAAGAGCUGGACAUUUUGAUUGGGCGCGACAUCACCAAACUCUUGCUCUCCUCUGCCAACGCUGCGCUCAGUACCAGCCCUGUCGAUCUUCUCCAAGCGGCAGUGUGGCUUGCCUUUUUCCGCAUCUUUCCAGAGCGCGAUUCUUUCAGUAUGUUCACCGAAGCACAUGGUCGUGAGCCGUGGAACGAGAAUAUUGACUUGUCACGCACCGUUGGAUGGUUCACGACCAUGGCGCCCCUGACUACCGAGCGUCACGAUGCGGAGACGGUGCAUAGCGUGGUUAGACAUGUCAAAGACAUGAGGAGACGACUUCCCGCGAAUGGCUGGCAGUAUUUCGCCGCACGGUUUUUCAAUGAAGACGGCCGACUUGCCUUCAAAUCACACAACUCGACCAUGGAGGUGGAAUUCAAUUAUAUGGGUCAGUUCCAAGAGCUCGAAUCCUCGGACUCGUUGCUCCAGUCGAUUAACUUGGACUGUGCGGAUGCGCAGGGCGAAUUUCCGGCAUCCUCCCUCAUUGUCAUACUUGCUUCCGUGACCAAGGGUGAGGCGGCGUUCAGCUUUAGUUUCAAUCGAGCCCUCACAAGACAAGCGGAGAUACGUGAGUGGGCGAAUCAACUGGUCCCAACACUCACCGACAUCUGUACCACUCUUGCCGAUGCGAAGCCUCAGCUCACCUUGAGUGAUCUCAGUAAUGCUCGCCUGACAUAUGAUGAGCUGGACCAUCUGCAAAGCUCUGUGCUGCCUGACAUUUGCCGAGCGAACCAGGACUGUACUGUGCAGGACAUUGUCACGUGCGCGCCCAUGGUGUCCGGCAUGUUGAUAAGCCAGAUGAGAGAUCCAUCACUAUACAAUUCGACGCAGACGUAUCGCGUGUCGUCGAAAUCUGGUCUGCCAGUGCGGCCGAAUGACCUGGAGCGAGCGUGGCAGGUCGUGGUGGACUCACAACCCUCGCUUCGAGCAGUCUUUGUGGAGAACACAGACCCGGUUGCCUCGUUCCACCAGAUCAUUCUGAAAGGCGUUCACGCUACAGUGGUCACUGCGGAGAAGGCUACUGAGACUGCAGCGCGACAAUGGCUGCAAAGCGAGCGUUCGCUUGAAGGCCAGAGUCCAUUGCGUCCGCCACAUCGGCUGCUGCUGUGCAAGCUCGCGAAUGAUCCUAGUCUGAUCAUCUGUCAGUUCCAGAUGAGCCACGCAAUUACCGAUGGGGCCUCUGUCGCGAUCCUGCUCGAAGAGUGGCAACGAGCGUACGACAAGCCUGACCUCGAACGACACUUAGAACUCAUCGACACCGCGCGUGCAUUUGCUCAAUUGCUUGAUAAGAUGGAUAAAGCUCAUCAGUUGGACUAUUGGAAGACAAAGUUGAACGACUCGUCCCCAUGCCAUUUUCCAGCCGUCGAUGCACCCCACACCACGAGCUCAGUCACGAAGACGGUGUAUGCAGGAAUCAGCGAAACAGAUUACACCCGGCUCGAACAGUUUUGUCGCGAGAACGACAUCACCCUCAGCAGUCUAUUCCAAUCCGCCUGGGCUCAAAUGCUGCAUCAAUACACUCACAGCGCCGACGUAUGUUUCGGAUACCUUCGUGCAGGCCGCGAUUUGCCCGUCCCCGGUAUCGAACGAUCCAUCGGCGCCUAUGCGAAUCUGCUCACAUGUCGAGUCGACGUGAGCGGACACGCGACCCUCCUCCAGCUGGCCAGGGCAGUCCGCAGACAGAUGAUUGAAGAUCUCGAUUUUCAGUAUUGCUCUCUGGCGGAAAUCCAACACGAGAUCAAAUGUGGCCAUCUCUUCGAUUCGGUCUUCAAUUACCAGCAGGUGGGUCCAAGCGAGGAUGUCAAGCGUGGCGGUGAUAGCGCUCCCAGUCUUGUGUUCGAAGACAUCGGAGGAGAAGAUCCGAAUGAGUAUGCCGUUUCAGCGAAGAUCACAAGCAUCGAGAGGACUGCUUCUGUCGUGGUGGAAUACAAGACGACUUUCCUCUCUGCGAGAAGUGCCUCGGAGCUGCUUUCGCAAUUUCUAGCUACUAUUCUCGCAGUUCGGCCAGAAUAG